CAUGCACAAAAUAUUUAUCAUAUUCGGAUUACUGUCAUUAUGUGCUGCUCAUUCCCUUCGAGACCUUUCAAAUAAAGAUGAGGAGGACCCUCCCUCUUCAGCUCCAGGUGUUAGAAAACGGAGAAUGAUGUCAGAGGAAGAUCAGAAAACAGUUGACUAUUAUAUGGAUAAACUGAAUAAAUUGGCUGAUGAGAAGCACCCAGAGGAAAUCGAACGACACAAGAAUCCAGAGUUGGUAGCAUGGGAUCGUAAGAGAGAUAGUGUGCUGAAUCCAGAAGAGCAGGGAAAAUUCUUUCAAGGAGAUAUUGUUCUCUAUCCAGAGCAAGCAAAGGCUCUUUAUGAGCAAGCACUAACUGAAGGAAAAACAAGAGUAAAGAGAAAAUUCAUUGGGUCUAACUUGAGAAGAUGGGACGCCAGUCGACCGAUAAUUUAUGCUUUUGAUGGAAGUCACACCCAACGCGAACAAAGAAUCAUCGAACUUGCACUUGAACACUGGCACAAUAUAACUUGUCUCAACUUUCAAAGAAACGAUCAAGCUAACUCUGGAAAUCGAAUUGUAUUCACUGAUGUUGAUGGAUGUGCAUCAAAUGUUGGGAGACAUCCACUCGGAGAAGAACAACUUGUUUCACUUGCACCUGAAUGUAUUCGAUUAGGAGUUAUUGCUCAUGAAGUUGCACAUGCUCUUGGCUUCUGGCAUGAACAAUCGAGACCCGAUAGAGAUCAAUAUGUAACAGUUAGAUGGGAAAAUAUUGAUAAAGAUUCAAAGGGGCAAUUCUUGAAAGAAGAUCCUGAUGAUGUUGAUAAUGCUGGAGUACCAUAUGAUUAUGGAAGUAUCAUGCAUUACCGGUCCAAGGCAUUCUCAAAGUUUGAUGAUUUGUAUACAAUCAGUACCUAUGUCACGGAUUAUCAAAAAACUAUUGGUCAACGUGAUCAGUUAUCUUUUAACGACAUCCGACUAAUGAAUAAAAUCUACUGCUCCGCAGUCUGCCCAUCAAAACUUCCAUGUCAACGUGGAGGAUACACGGAUCCACGUCGUUGUGAUCGUUGUCGAUGUCCUGAUGGAUUCACCGGGCAAUACUGCGAACAAGUGAUGCCUGGAUACGGAGCCACUUGUGGUGGAAAAAUCAGUUUAACUAGAUCUACAACUAGAAUAUCAUCACCUGGAUAUCCAAGAGAAUUCAAAGAAGGACAAGAAUGCUCAUGGCUUCUCGUUGCUCCACCAGGUCAUAUUGUAGAAUUUCAGUUUAUUGGAGAAUUUGAGAUGUACUGCAAAAUUAGACAUUCUUUGUGCAUGGACUACGUAGAAGUUAGAAACUCUACUGAUUUUGCAAAUACUGGAAUGAGAUAUUGUUGCUAUGGAACUCCUCCAACUAGAAUCCGUUCUGCAACUACUGAUAUGGUUGUACUUUUCCGAAGCUUCUACCGUGGUGGUAAAGGCUUUGAAGCAAGAGCCCGUGCAGUACCAGAGGCGGGUAACUGGAAUUCCUGGAGCCCCUGGACGGCAUGUUCCGCAACUUGUGGAGCAUGCGGAAGUCGCAUGAGAACCCGAACAUGUCCACCUGGAAAUGCAUGCUCUGGGGAGCCAGUAGAAACACAAAUUUGCAAUACUCAAGCUUGUACGGGUAUGUGCGCUCAGAAACGGGAGGAAGAGGGUCAAUGUGGAGGUUUCCUUUCUUUGUUACGAGGCGUCCGUUGUAGACAAGAGAAGACGGUGAUGGCUCCAUGCGAGAACGCGUGCUGUCCAGGUUUCACUCUUCAGCGUGGCAGAUGUGUCCGGUGAUCACCAAUUUGUAUCCAUUAUUUCAAUUCCAUAUUUUAUCCUGUAACCUACAGAACUCUUACGAAGCUACGGGCCAAUUCCUAAUCAAACCAAAUUGUUAUAAUCCUUAUUUUCACUGUUUCAUUUUUCUUCUUCUAAAUUAAAUACCACCUCUUUUUAUGUUGUUUCGAGUUUGUGUGUAUGAUUGAACGAGUUUGACCAUGUUUUUGAUAUAAUAAAUAUUUUUGAUGCUUUG